AGAAAACUCUCCGCCAAGUUCAUCCGCCUUCGAUAAUCGAAGCGAAACGAAACUGGUUGGUGGCACGAAAAGGUAGGGAUGCAAUAUCGCUGGAUCAUCGUUGAUAGUCGUCCAGCUGUUUAACUUUCGAUGACCGGCUGGGUAAACGCUAAGCCGUGUCCAACCGUGUUCACACAAUGAAAAGGUUGUCCGUGCUAAUGAGAUUCGUCCGUUCCUCGGCAAGAAUACCCGUUUGGUACCUACGUAAACCGUGGCGGGACAUCCCAACACGAUCGGGACGCUUUCUAUAUAAAGGCCGCCCUCCAGAUUUUCUCAUCGUCACUUCGCACUCGAAACUCGAAGAAGCUUGUGCUAACUAGUCCAGUAAACUUGUUAUUUCCUCCCGAUAAAGCGUUCAACCAUGAAGAUCGCGCUAAUCGUUCUGGUUACGAUGUUGGCUGGCGCCAUCGCAUACCCUGCUCACCCUGCCGCAGAACAGGACGCUGUUCCCGGGGAACAAGAGAGUCCAGUGUCGAGGCCGAUCAGAGAGGCAAAUCCAGAUCCUCACCGCCAUUUCGGUGGACUCGGUGGAAUCGGUGGAAUCGGUGGAUACGGUGGAUACGGUGGAUACGGUGGAUACGGUGGAUACGGUGGAUACGUUGGAUAUGGUGGCUUUCCCAUAGGCGGCUUCGGAGGUUCUCACAGCUCCGCUGGUGCUAUUAGCUCCCCGUUCGGAAGCGCUGCUUUCUCCAGCUCAAGGACCGGAGGCUUUGGACGAUGAGCAGGCUUCUUGGAUAAUCAAUUUUCUUUCGACAACGACAAGAGACCGUGUUGCUCAAUUAUAUAUACAUAUAAUGUGUUAUUUUAAUUAUUUAAAUAAACUUUUGUAACAAACGAA